CUCAGGAGGAAGACGGCCCUCUCUUAGCAAUGAUGCCUUGGGGGGAGGUUGGGCCACUGUUUCUCCUUCUUGGGGGGUUGCAGGUGUGUUUAUGUGCCGCUGGGCGCUUUUGGGAAGCGACUUUGCUGAGCUGUGAUGGCGGAAACAUGGGCUUCCUCCUGACGCCCGAGCCAAAGGUCUCCUCGUCUGUGCUGAGGCUUCUGGAUCCUGAAGGCCGGCCCCAUCUCCUGAAGAACGACUCUGCCUGCGGGACGUGGCUGUCCCCCCUUCUCAACGGGUCCCUGGCGGUGAAGGUGGCCCUGGCUGGGUGCUACGUCCAAGCGCAAGAUGGGAGCUACCGGACCACAAUCCAGAUCGAAGGCCUUGGAGCCGAUGGACAGAGGACUUCCUAUAAAGAGGAGCUGAGGUGCCCAGAACCGCUUCUAGCGCUGGAUGCCCCCAGCGCCAGCGUGUGUGCGUCCGUCCCCGCCUCAGACCGGCUGCCGUGCAGCACCCACCAAGUCAGUGAAGAGGAGUGCGCGGCGCUCGGGUGCUGCUACCACCCCUGGGACCGGGUGGCCCCCUGUUACUACGCCAACGCAGUGACAGCCCGCUGCACCCCAGACGGCCAGUUCUCCGUAGCGGUCUCCAGGCAUGUGGUUCUGCCCCCGCUCCAUUUGGAUUCGGUGCACCUGGCCAGCAAUCUCGGCGGCAGGUGCAGCCCCCGGACCAAGAACAGCCUGUUUAUCCUCUUCGAGUUCCCUCUGUCCGCGUGCGGUACGACCUUCAAGGAAUCAGGAAGCCGGCGGAUCUAUGAGAAUGAACUCUUGGCGGACGGAGAGGUCCUCGUGUCUGGGUCAGGAUCCAUCACCCGAGACAGCGACUUCAGGCUGACCGUCCGCUGCAGUUACACCGCGGAGGACAUGCUCCCUGUCGCCGUCUUGGUGGCCACUCUUCCCCCGCCGGCUGCCGUCGCUCAGCAAGGGCUCCUCACCUUGGAAAUGAGGAUUGCUCGAGAUGAGAAGUACGCGUACUACUUUGUGGACUCGGACUAUCCGGUGGUGAAGGUUCUCCGUGACCCUGUCCACGUCGAGGUCCGGAUCCUGGGCAGGAGAGACCCGGCCCUGGUCCUGGUCCUCCACGAAUGCUGGGCGACCCCCAGCACCAACCCCCUGCAGAAGCCGGACUGGCCGCUACUAGAGGACGGGUGCCCUUACGAAGGAGACAACUACAAAACCCAGCUGGUGCCCGUCGGAGUGGACUCUGGGCUGCCAUUCCCAACGCACCACCAGCGCUUCAUCGUCAGCACCUUCACGUUCGUGGACGCCGCCUCCCAACGGAUGCUCACCGGGCCGGUUUACUUCCACUGCAGCGCGUCUGCCUGUGUGCCUUCCUCGCAGGAGAGUUGUGCCGCCCGCUGUGAGGCGAACCCACGAGGGAGAAGCAAAAGAGUAGCAACAGGCCAUCAGGCACCCACGGAGUGGCUGACGUUGGUGAGUUCUGAUGGCCCCGUGGAUUUCUUUGGCAGAGCCGUGGAGGCACACCUUCCUGAAGAGCCCAGAACUCUCCCGGACGGUCAGAUGCACUGGGACGACACCCUCUCUCUCGUGGCCGGUCUCGUGGCUGUGCUGGCGGUGGGCAGCGUGGCGCUCGUGGCCCUGCAGAAGCGCUGGGCGUGGCAAAGAGCACCAGGGGAGCUUUCCUCCGCGUGA